AGUUAUUUUCCUUCUUAUCAAAUAUCUUAAUCUUUUAUCUUUCCAUAAUGAGAUUACAUUUAAUAUUUUAAAUAUGCUUAUAUUAACAAAGUUGAUUUUAUCUUGUUCAUAAACAGAUUACAUUGUUACUUUGGAAUAUCGUUACCAAAUGAUGAAACCAACAAGUGAAACGAAAGUUCUUGCCUCCAAAACCGUCACUUCAGAGCCAGAACCUACAGAAAAAGGGAUCCUGAGUGAGACGGAAAGUAAUGUCACGACAGAAUUACCAACUCAAGAUGUUCGAAAUAUACCGGAGAAAGCAAAAAAGGAAAUUUAUGUCAAAGCGGAAUUACCACUUCAAGAUACCGUAAAAAAGGAUGUUAAAGACACGUCGGUGAAUUCAAAAAAAGAAAGCAUUAAAAAUAGAAAUUGUUUUUAUAAAAAAGAUAAGGCAGUUCAAAUAAGUAGAGGAGAGUUGAUUCAAAUCGAAAUAGAAGAUUUACUCUCUGAACCUGAUCCAAGCGAGAAUUAUUGGCAAGUACUAGCAGAAAGACGACGAAUAGCACUUCAUGACGCGCUAGAGGAAAAUAGAAAAUUACACGAACGCAUAGCAACAUUGCAGGAAGAAAAUCGUUUGUGUAACGAAAUGUUGAACGAAACACGGGCAUUAGUUGAAGUAUUACAAGAAAUGAUUGAAGAUGAUAGCAACGGCAUACACAAUUCAUUGGAAGAUAGUGCUCUUUAAUUUUAUAUUAUAUUUUCAAGAGUGAUCCAAAUAUUAUUUUUAUACAUUAACUCCAUAUUAGAUAAAAGCUUAAAAAAAAUUAAAGAUUAUUAAACAAAUUUGUAUAUACGUUAUGUUUAGAGUUUAAUGGUUUAAACAUUUAUUAAUAAUUUAAAUAAGUACAAUAAACGUUAUUCUUGCCUAAAUUAUUUAUAUUUUUCGAUUGUACUUAUUAUGCGUCUCUUUGUAAAUAUUAUUUGUAUAGCUAAGGAGAUUGUGUUAAUUUAAUAUAUUAUUAAAUAUAAAUAA